AGGCAGAGAGGCAGAGAGGCAGAGAGGCAGAGAGGCAGAGAGCCAAGAAGCGAAAUUUCAAAAAAAGCCGAGGCAGGCACUAAAAAACAUUACAUUACAUCAACAAAGCUUGUCUCUCUCUCUCUCCAAUACUUUCUCUCUCAUCUUCCUUCCUCAGUCACUAUCUCCGCCGACUUCGCAACGGUCUGCCGUCGCUCUUCGGCGGAGUUUUUCCGGCACCGAAUUUCUCUCUCCUCCUUCUCUCGUUUUUUUUACGGCAUAUUACUUUCUUCAAGUCUCUUUUUUCCUCUUCAUUUUUGAAUAAUCGGUGAGGAUUAUCUCCCGAAGGAAUACAAAAUGAUUGGCAACUUUCUUACCAGAGGACUUGUGAUGAUUCUUGGUUAUGCCUAUCCGGCAUAUGAGUGCUAUAAAACGGUGGAGAAGAAUAAACCGGAGAUAGAGCAGCUUCGCUUUUGGUGCCAAUAUUGGAUUUUAGUUGCUGUAAUGACGGUCUUUGAGAGGGUUAGUGAUACGUUUGUUUCAUGGCUUCCCAUGUACAGUGAGGCUAAAUUGGCUUUCAUAAUAUACUUGUGGUACCCUAGGACAAAGGGAACGACAUAUGUGUAUGAUUCCUUUUUCAAACCAUAUGUUUCAAAGCACGAGACAGAUAUUGAUCGCAAUUUGGUGGAGUUAAGAGUUAGAGCUGGGGAUAUGGCUUUCAUGUACUGUCAGAAGGCCGUAAGUUAUGGUCAGACAAGAGUCUUUGAGAUUUUGCAGUAUGUUGCUUCACAAUCUACCGCAAGGCCUCGUUCUACUGCUACCGAGCCGCAGCAACCAGCUCCAAGAACCCGCCAACCUUCUGUAGCUGCUGCUGCAGCCGCUGCUGCUGCUACUGUUGCUGCUGCUGCAGCAGCUACCCCUGCUGCUGCUCGCCAACCGUCUGCAAGAUUGCAAACUGCUACACAAUUGCAGGAUGAAGAGCCACUCUCUCCUACUUCAAGUACAUCUUCCAGUCAAGAUUAUGAUAUGGUAGAGGAGCUCACCUCUGCCAAAGAACCAUCUACCUCUGCUGCUGCGCCUCCUUCACCAUCCCCUAGCCCUCUAAAGAAGGCGUUAUCGAUGCCUCAUGCACCAGAGAGCUCGAGCCAAUCAGCAGCUAAGCAGAUGGAAGCAGUACCAACCAAGGCUGAAAAGUCACUAGCUAGGUCUUCGGGGACAAAGGCUCCACCCUCGCCCGAAGAGACAGUAAUGGAAGAAGCAAUUCGGGUUACCCGGGGAAGAUUGAGGAAGACUAGGUCCACUACUACUGUAACCAAAUAAAUUCAUUUCCCACACUUAUCUCCUUUUAAAUGUGAGUAAUCUAGCUGUAGGUUGGAUGUGCACUGUGAAAUGAUAUAAUGAGGAAGUUAUAAAUAUGGAAAAAACUGGGGGAUUUUUUAAUUUUAUGUCGCUGUAUAUUUGUUA